AUGGUAAAGUUCGCUCGCAAUGGGAAGGGGAAUGAUGUUUUUGACGACGCCACGUACGGUCCUACAUUUGGAGGUGGUAACAAUCUGAUCUUCUUUUCCAAUUCAUACACCAAAUCUGGUGCUUAUUGUAACACAUAUGGCAGCAGUAACUUCGGUAAUACUUAUAAUACCAAUGGUUACAGUGCCAAAACAUUUAAUGGAAACAGCAACGCCUAUCUCGACAUUGAAGUGUAUGCUAGGGAAAUCCAGGAGAUGAAUUAUAUGGGGAAAAUAAACCAUGGUGCAAAAGUGACAUUAUUGACUGGAGCGGUGAGAGACUCCCUGUUGGAUAGGUUGCUGUCGUUCUCCACUCCAAGCCCGACCAAAGUCCCCGCCGCACGGCUCCUCCUGGUGGGCAGUGUGGUGGCGGGGAAAUCCAGUUUCUUUAACACCGUGAGCUCUGUGUUUAAAGGUGAAAUCCGCAGCCAGGCGGCGACCGGAACGACACCCCAUAGCCUCACAACCAAGUAUCGUGUGUAUGCGAUUCGAGGAGGCCACCAGACGCCUGCGUUCCGUCUGUGUGACACCAUGGGACUGGAAGAGGACCAGGGACUAGAUGUGGUGGACAUGGCUUAUCUGCUUGGUGGUCACGUGCCAGACCAUUUCCAGUUUAACUCGGCUGUGCGUAUCACACGCGAAUCUGCUGGUUUUGUGAAGGACCCUGGUUUGGCUGACGUCAUCCACUGCGUAGCACUUGUCAUAGAUGGCAGCACAUACAAGGUCAUGUCUUCCAAGGUCAAGGAAAAAUUGCUGGGUGUACAAACCCUGGCACGUGAUAGAGAUAUCCCGGUCCACGUGGUCUUGACCGAGGUGGACAAAGUAUGCCAGGACGUAGCUGAAGACCCAUCUUUGAUAUUUCGCAGUCGUGCAAUUGAAAAUAAAGUGAAAGACAUCAGUGACGCAUUCGGUAUACAAAGUAAUCACGUCCAACCCGUGAAGAACUACGAGUCCGAGACCUCCAUUGACCCCAGAGUGGACAUCCUGACACUGAACGCCCUCCGACAGAUGACUGUAAGUGCCGAGGACUAUAUUGAGGAUCGACUAGACGACAAGGAAGUUGAGACCGACACCAAAAUCUCGAAGAUGAAUAUCAGUAGUUAACUGCCAGGAGUCAUGUACCACAGCGCCCUCUGUCGUUUGAGUCGUAGAACUAAAACAAAAAAGACGAGACUUCUGCGCAUAGCGAUUUCUGAUUUAGACACACUCCUCAAAUAUAGGCCUUCACAUAGGAUAUAAUGGUAUAACAUCAAAUUAAGAUUUAUGCAAAUUAAGAGUCUGCGCAAGAUCGUGUUCGAGGUGCAUAUGGGAAGUAGAGCACGUGACUAUAUUUACCCUCCAUCCGUUCUAACUGAUAUCUUGUUGUACAGCUUCAUUUUUUUACAUCGGUGUAACGUGUCAGAGAGUCCGCUUACAAUUCAUUUGUACAGGUAAACAUCGCCCUAGAUUUUGACCCAAUUAUGUCAGGCUAACCCUAACCAUUACAACUAAAUGAAGGGCGGACUUUCUUUUACACGGACCCUCAGUUUCGUUACACUGGCUGAUUACAGAUAUUGGCAAAAUAUUUUGGUUGAGAGAUAUUUCGACAAAGAUAUCAAUGUACACUGUAUUGUUUCAACGUAGUAGCAGUUCGUGAUGCUGUUCAACGUAGUAGCAGUUCGUGAUAUGCAUUCUGUAGACCAUAAACCAGAGAAUAAAUGUCUAUUCGUCAUAAACUGUGGCCCAUUAUUUCAUUGUAUUACUUAGACAAUUGGCUUUUCAACUUAAACUGUAACCAGCUGUUUCAUUUUAUUAAAGGGGUAGGUAGACAGUUAUAUUUGGUUUACUGCUAGUGAUUAUUGUAAACUGUAAUCAAUUUUUUUUCAUUUUAUUAAGUAGACAGCUGUCUAUUUGUCAUAAUCUGUGACCAAUUAUUUCAUUUUAUUAUAGGGGUAGGUAGACAUAUUUGGUUUACUAAUAGUGAUUAUCAUGGGUAAAAGUAGAAAAAAUUUGUUUUGAAAGUUUAAACCAACUUUUUACCUUCUGUUGACACGUGGAGCCAGUCAUAGUAGAUAUGUGUAAAAGUAAUACAGGGAACGUCUGUUCAUCUUAAACUGAAACCAAUUAUUUCAUUUUUUAAUUAGAAAAACAGUUAUAUUUGAUUACUAGUGAUUGCCUUGGGUUAAAUUAGACUUAUAUUUUGAUCUGAAAGUUAAAAUCAAAGUUCUGUCGUCAGUUGGCAUGUGGAACUAGUCAGAUAUAUGUGUUGCUUCCUUCAAAGUGUUUAAUAAAUG